AGUAGUUCCCCUCCUCCAGGCGAGGGAAGGGAAAAGGAAAAAAAGAGGCUUUACUGCAGCUACUGCGAACUGUCAGUCCGUGCGGUCCCCUUUUUAGGAGUGAAAGCAAAGAUGGAGGCAGCGAUUAAAACCAUGGUGAGUGCCUUCCUGAAGUCAUCCAAGGGCAAGGAAAACCUCGGAGGGAAGGAGUUCCAGAGCCUCGUGAAGAACCAGCUGAAGAACGUUCUGGCGGGCUCAGAGGACAAAGAGGCAGUUAAAAACAUGUGUGAUGAGCUAGACAUCGACCAGGAUGGGAAGGUCGGCUUCAAGGAGUAUAUGAAUCUGAUUGGCUAUCUGGCGCAGUCUGUCAGUGAACAGCAUUGCUUGGAAAACAAAACACAAGCAGAGAGUUCAACCCAAGAGACGAAGACUGAGGCGGCAGCAAGUGCACAGGCAGAGCCGCCGAAGACAGAGACACAGAAGACAGAGCCACCGAAGACAGAGACACCGAAGGCAGAGCCUGCGAAGGCAGAGACACCGAAGACAGAGACGCAGAAGACAGAGACACCGAAGGCAGAGACACCGAAGACAGAGCCGCAGAAGACAGAGCCGCCGAAGACAGAGACACAGGCGACUAAGGAGCUGGAGAAGGAAGACAAGCCAGUGACCGAGGAGGCAGCAGCCAAAGAGAAGAAGCCAGAGGAAGAGAAAAAAACAGAUGUGGAACAGGAAGGGGUGAAAGUUGAAGAGAAUAAAGCUGAAAAGGAGAAUAAAACAGAGGAAGCAUCGUAGGAGCUCGAGGAAGUCGAGAUAUCACAUCUCAAAUGCUUCUGUUUGUUUUGUUCGUCAUUUUCAUUAUUGUGUUAUUUUAAUACAUAUAAAACCUGGCCAAUAUACUAAAACUGCCAUAGCCCCCUUAUUAAAGGUUUUUUUAAUGAGCUAGGACACAUUUCUCAGUACUUUUCAAAACUUUUUUCACAGUUCUCCUUACAAACUUUCAGCCUGGCACAGCAGUAAAUUUCACAUCCAAAAUGCACUCAAUACACUAGUAAAGUUUUUUGGCCAGCACACACCCUUGAGGGCAUUUCGUACUUGAAAUAGUUAACCCUGAAUCAUUCUGAACCCAGCGUCAGUGUCAUUGAAUGUGUCACCUGUUCACAUAACAGCUCUGGCAUUAGACGCCCUCGUAUUAUUGCAGCUAGGGUGGACUAUACCAGGUUAAAAGUGCUGUUAAUCCCCUUCUACAUUUCAAGUGUAAAACUUACCAUUGCCCAGGGUUAAAAACCAGGUUUAAAACAAUGACAACCCGAAGUUAAGCUCUGAGUGGAAAAACCCUUUGUCACUCAUAAAACAACCACCUAAAAACAUAUAUAAUAAUAUAUAUAACAUUUCUUUACAAAACAAGAAUGACGCCUCUCCACUGUUUAGAAUUAACGGCAGUAUAUGUUACAUGGUCCAUGUUUACAUUACAGCACAAAAUGCUAAGUUUUGUAGUCAGUAAUGAAAUGAAAGACUUAGACCUGUGUAGGUGUACAGCAACAUGGAAUUGUUUUGAUUGUGUCAUUUAGAUUCGGAAUAUAUUUUAAUCUAGCAUUAUUACUGUAGAAGUGAAGCAAAUUGCUGUCUUUGUUUUUGUUUUUCAUCAUGUUAAGUUUUGAAAUCGAUUUUAAAAUUUUGAAUAAAGCGUGCCAACUGAUCUAUAGCUAGAUUGAAUUUUGCUGGUGAUUGUGUUUGCGUGAGAAAACAAUUAACAUGAUUUGAGAAAUGUUUAGUCGUUAAAUGCAUUGUGUGCAAAAGCAAUGGAAAAUGUGUAGGAGUGUAGGAGAAUGCUGUUGUUUAGUACGUGAAGAGUUUUGAAAAAGUGACCUAAUAUUGAGAAAUGGGUCCUAGUGAUUGUAAAAAACUGUAAUACUAAUUCAUGCCUGUGAUUCAAUCAUUUUGUACUAAUAGUGUAUCAUAGAAAUUGGCAAUAGCCGCAAAAUGUGACAAAUGGCCAAAGAGGUGCAAUAACUAAUCACUAUGUCCUUUUGUUUGAGCCAGAUUUGUUGUAAGGGUACUGCAACCACUGUGUCCCCUCGCCAAUAUCUCUACAAAACAUCCGUGAAUGAAGAAUAGACACAGUUUUUAUUGCAUUAAUGUUGAAAAAGACAGAUAUCCUUUUUAAGUGUCCAUUAUGUCUUUUGUUUGUGCCACCUUCUAAGGACAGGGUUACUAUUUGACUAUGAUGCUGAUCGUAAAUGUAUUAUGUAUUUUCCAGUGUUGCGGAAGCAUAAAAAGAGCAAGUUUUCCACCUCGCUUAUUUUUUGAUGAAAUGCCAUUCUGCUGGAAUUUAACAUAAUGCAUCACCAUUUAAAUGUGGAUUUGCAUUUGUGGCGCACAUGGGAACACUAUGCAGUCCAUAUACUAUGUUGUUCAUAUUUCUGGGCCUUGUUUGCAUGAGAAUAAACAAAUUUGCUUUUGAAUAAUCCAGUUCUAUGGCAUGCUUUCUGUCUUGUGUAUUCGGCUCUAACUCUCUCUGACACGCUCUAUUAGCUGGUCUUUCGUUUAAACUUCCACAUGCUCUCCAUCUUAGCACUUGUCUAAAGAGCUGGAAUAUCGGAUGCUUAGUCUUCUUAUGAUAGCUGAUGCUUAAUAAUUAAAUGACUUUGGGAGGGAAUCCACACCAGGGGACCCUUGUGGGCCCGCGGGAGCCCCAAGUCAUCCCAAAGUAUCGGUUCACUAAAGCAGUUAGGGCCCAAAGACCUUUACAUUCAUAUUGCAUUCAUUCUUUCAAACUUUAUUUGAACUAUAUUAGCCAGCAUAUAUUUAGGUGUAUUUAGUUUUUGUGUAAUGUCUUGGUCUCUAAAGUCUAGGUCUCUUAAGAGUGUGAGUAGAGUGUUUUAAUGGCUUUGCAAAGUUUUAAAGUUCUUCUUCUUUUUUGCAAAUGUCUUAAAGUCUCUUAAAGAUCAUAUUCACAGCAGGACUGACCGGUUUCACUUAUAUGUUGUUCUUUUAAACAUAUUUAAUAUGUUCAUGUUAAUAUGCAUUUGUUUAGCGCAUAAACAGACAGACAGAUAGAGAGAGAGAUGAUAGAUUUGAAUGUAUUAUGCUUAAAACUAGCUAGAAAUAUCUGAUUAGUAAUAUUAUUAUUCCAUCAUGUAUUGACUGUUGCAUAAGAUUUGUGCUAGAAAAUCCUGUAAGUCUGUUGAGGAACCUUAUUAUAAUGUUUCUUAAUUUAAUUUUGUUUUACUAAUUCAAUGAUACUAAUUUUGAUAGCAGCUAAAGGGUAAAUAUGCAACUUGUUCCAGUUUGUUAUGAAAAGUUUAUGAAACCCAAAACAUGCGUAACAAGAAGAAGAGACAAAUGCACAGGUACCUUCACUUUAGCCAUUAUCUAGCAGUUUACAUAAUACAUUAAAGUAUACAUUAUACAUACUACAUUAUGCAUUAUACAGAUAUGAAUAGCCUACAUUAGUGUGAAAUCCUACGCCGCCUAAAAAGGCCUCAUUUAGAUCAUGCUAAUGAGCUCUCGUUUAGCUCAUGCUGUCAUGUAUAUCUUGGCUAAAUCUAAAACCUCUGUUUACUUUGGUGUGUCCGUCUGGUGUUACUAGGCCCCACUACAUUAGCAUUACAGCAUCAAAAAAUCAUGAAGUUUGGCAAACAUUCUUUAACCGCAUUUUGUUUGUAUAGUGUGGAAAAUGGUUUCGAUAUAUAUUUGAAAAGCCACUAGCAUGAACAAGUUUGAUGUUAUUCAAGUUUGUCAGUCAAAUAGAAGUAGAUAGCAGCUCUGCCUUGGUAGGUGAUUGCAAGGCCCCACUACAUUAGCAUUAUAACAUCAUCGCAUCUUAUGCAGUUUUGCUAAACAUUCAAGUUUUGGCCACAUGUUGUAUGUAUAUUAUGAAAAACAGUAUUGAAAUCUAUUAGAGAAGCCAUGCACUAGCUUGAACAUGUUGCCUUUUGACUUUGAUGUUAAUCCUGUUUUGUCAUCCACAUAACAGUUAAUAAGAGCUCUUCAUAGUUACAUAAAACCUGUUCUGCCUUUUAAAAAAAUGCAUGAGCAUUUCAUAAAGUGAACAAAACACAAUGUACCCAACUGACCACAUAUGCAUCCUUCAUUUUCUAUGCUGUACGACUGACCAUCUCCGUCUACUCAACAAUAAAGGACUGUAAUGCAAA